AUGUGGCCAUCGGUGAGACCCAGCACCAGCGACGAAGACGAGGUCCAGUCGCACGACAAUAUCUCGAAGUCGGGGAUAUUGAUCGUGACUGAGGGAGCCGUCAGCAUGGCCACGUCUGGAGAAUCGAGAAACUGCGCAUUCACUCGCAAUAUGCGCAAAAUACCGUCUUUGCACACGCAGGUAAGAAGACUUUCCUCGGGAUUGGAGCACAGGAGCCAUCUAAACGAAAUGACAGCUCCAAAUGGAAUCACCAGUGUUUUUUUCAAUGAGGUCACGUUGCCGCCAAGAUCGAUCUCAAAGACUUCAAUUGCCGCGUCAUAG